UAACAAAGUUAAAAAUAGAAUUUGUUCGACAUGAAAAUUGCACAAGCAGGUGGAAACACUGUAUUGUAUUUAUUUAUAUAAAGCAGAUUGACUGUACGUCAGUUAUAAAUCUAUAAGAAACGAGGGAAGAAGCUUGUCAGAAUUAUAAAAUGGAUUCACCAGCUCCUUGUAUAGUCAUGCCACAAGAAACUAAACCAGUUAAUGCCUGGUCAAUGCCCAAAUCACCCUGGGGACAACAGAAGAAAGUUGAGACCUGUUCUCUUAAUGAUGUCAUGAGUGAAGAACUCGCCUCACACCUACAGAAGCAACAGGAAAGUAAAUUAGCUAAAAGACUGGAAAAAAUAGCUCCAGCUGAACCACAGAUUAUCCAGCCUGAAACCUUGCCAUGUGAAACAGAAGAAGAUAUUAAUGCUAUAUUAGCGAUAGCUGGUGAAACACCAGAAACGUGUGAUGAUAUGAAAAUAGCUCAGAUGUUACAACUACAGUUUGACAGAGAACAUAAUACAAUGUUAGAAAAAGAAGCCCAAAAGUUUAACAGUCAGAGUAAAGUUUCGAUAUCACUUGAGAACUUUAAAGUAUCCCAUAUUCCUAAAGAAGAAGAAGAUGAGGAGGAGGAGGAGGAUAGUGAUGAUGCUCUACCAGAAGUUGUAGAACACAAGUCACAAUGGCGUAAAUAUCAGUUUAAUAAAGGUGGAUUAACAGGACAUGGAAAGGAUGUCAUGUCUAAACAUGAUGCUGUAUUAUGUGGACGUAAAAACGCAGAGAAAAUCAUGCAGUUUCCCCCUGAUUUUUUAUCUGGAGAUGCUGAGAAAAUGGAUUUAAGAUUACCCAAUCAUGUAUUUAAUAAACUACGGCAUUAUUCACGAACCGGCAAUAAACAAUUCAACAGACUUCAUGAAAAACAAGAAAAUGCUACAGCGGAACAUGCCGUUGAUCCACGUACAAGAAUAUUAUUAUUUAAACUAGUAAAUGCUGAGGUAUUAGAAAGUAUAACAGGGGCUAUAAGUGGUGGGAAAGAGGCUGCUGUAUUUCAUGCUUAUGGUGGAAAAUUAGAAGAAGCAGACAUGCCAUCAGAAUGUGCCAUUAAGAUUUUUAAAACAACUUUAAAUGAAUUUAAAAAUCGUCAAGAUUAUAUUAAAGGUGACCACCGAUUCUCCAAAGAUGAUUUUAAAAAACAAAAUCCUAGAAAGACGAUACGAAUUUGGGCAGAAAAAGAAACAGCUAACCUGAACAGAAUGAGAAAGUUUGAUAUGCCGAGCCCAAGAGUCGUAGCAUUAAAGAAACAUGUAUUAGUUAUGACGUUUAUAGGAGAGAAUGGUCAACCAGCACCUAAAUUAAAAGAUGUCCGUUUUAAUACAGAAGAUUUACAAGAUGCCUACGAACAGACUAUUACAAUUAUGAAGAAGUUUCAAGAUGAAUGUUGUUUAGUUCAUGCCGAUUUAUCCGAGUUUAAUCUACUGUGGCAUGAUGGGAAGGUGUGGGUUAUAGAUGUCAGUCAAGCAGUAGAUUUAACACAUCCUAAAGCUUUUGAAUUUUUAUUCAGAGAUUGUCAAAAUAUAUGUAAGUUUUUUGAUAAAUCUGGAGUAGUUAAUGUUUUACAACCUGAAGAAUUAUUCAAUGAAAUAACAGCCUGGGAUGUCAAAGGUCAUGGUGUAGAUUUCUUGUCACAGAUGAGACGUUAUGAAAAGGAGUCCAGUGAAGCUAAUUUAGCGUUAGAAAACAGAUACCACAAAAAACAAUACGCUUUUGAUUUUUACUGGGAUUUAUCACAGAAACAGAGAGAAAAGGCUCUUGGUGCUGUUCAAUUAUCAGACUCAGAUCAAGAGGAAGAUGAUGAGUCCUGAAUCCAGCUCAAUAAAUCCGUUUGAAACUUAAUACACCCUCAUAUUGGUGUAUUAUAUAAGUUGAUAACAUGGAUGAGAGUACAGCUAGUCGGUGGAUUCCGGGGGUGUGGGAGACUCAGGGGUGAAGUGUUUAUAGAAUCAUGUAUAAUUCAUUUUAAUAAUAUUCUUAAUCUCACAUGUACAUGUAAUUAAAAACUAUGCCAUGAUCUUAUAAAUGAUCACAAAGUCUUUAAUUUGGAAAAUGAAAUGAAAUGGGGUUUAAUGUCCCGCUGUUCUAAUGAAGACGGGCAUACGGCGUACAGUGUGCUAUGAGGGAAAUUUUGCCCGGACAGCGGCAGUACAACCUAAUCAUAUUUUGAAUUCCAACUGCCAAGGAAUCUUUAACGUGCACAGCAAUAUGUACACAGGACUGUUUUUUUCGUCCCAUCCGAACAACUAUACGUUUUCCCUUGCCAAGCCCUCUGUCCUGCACCACUGACAAGAGAGCAUCACGCCGGAAAAUCUUGAUCUUGUAUGUGAACGGUAAUAUAUACAUGGGACCUUUGUUUUUGGGACCAUCUGAACGACUAUACUUUUUCACAUGCCAGGUCCUCUGUCCUGCACCACUGACAAGGGGGCACCACGCCGGAAAAUCUUGAUGAACUCUAUGAUAAGAUUUAGUGUGAAGGGUCCCCACCCUCUUUGUUUACACUUGUCUUGAUUAAGGAAAUAAACACUUCCUGUUUCGAAUUUAGAGGGGUGUUAUUGUCAUGUCCUGUGAUCAUUAUGAGCCAAGACGAUAUUAGUUUGUGUAAAUCAUUCUGAAAUUAGAGGGGUAGUAUUGUCUAAUAAACGACAAGUUUCACCCAAAUCAGAAUCAAGGAAAUUUUUCAGAUUUGUGCUACAAUUUCAAUAAUACUGUUUUCUUAUCCCCCUAAAGAACCCCUCUUUGUUAUCUUAUCCACCCUGACAGAACCCCAGAUCCUCGCUUGUUAUGGUUUGAAGGUAUAAAACACAAAAGCUAAACAGUUUAUGGUAUGCAGAGUUUAAGACACACAAAGCUAAAUAAUUUAUGACUGAUAGAAUUGUUAAUAAUAAAAAGAUGAAGUGAAUUAUACCACUGUGAUAUAUUGUGUAAUAUAAAAAGAUAAUAAAAAAAAAGAGGAAAACAUUGA